AUGAAGAUCUUCAAAAGGAGGCUGGAGUCUGCUACUGUACAAACCCGGAUCUCCAAAAUGCGGGUCACCAUGUCUCUCUUAGCUCUUUUGCUUUUCUUUAAUUUGGACUUUAGCUCCUCUGAGACGCAGAUCGGGGGUAUUUUGGAACCGUAUGAUCUGUUGUUUGAUAAUGCAGUGGAAGCGUAUUAUAAACAGGACUGGCUCUCAGUGAUCCUGAACAUGGAGCGAGCUCUCAGGAAUAAGAACACGGUGCGCAAAAUAAGGGCACAGUGUCGGGUAACCUGUGCCAACCAGACUGCUUUCGGAGAGCAAGUAUUUGGAUUGGGUACCCCGGUGCCAGGGACUGGUCCCGUUCAGGAUUUAGCGUUUUUCCAACGUGUGUUAAAGCGGGCGGAGUGUGUGAACGCCUGUGAAACUGAAAAACUGGGACCUCUGAGUCUGCACAAAGUCAGUGAUGAGAUAGAGCUGGAGUUUAAAAAGAGGAGUCCAUAUAAUUACCUGCAAGUGGCUUAUUUUAAGAUAAAUAAGCUUGACAAAGCUGUGGCUGCGGCGAACACAUUUUAUGUGGCAAAUCCGGGGCACGUGGAGAUGAGACAGAACCUGGAGUACUACAGUCUGAUGGCAGGCGUGCAGGAAACUGAUUUUAAGGACCUUGAGGCCAGACCACACAUGGCUGAAUUUCUGGAAGGGAAAAGGCUUUACAGUUCAGAAGACUUUUUCUCAGCUAUUGAUCAUUUUGAGGCAGCGUUAGAGGAGUUUUUCACCUCCGAUACAGAGUGCAGGGCGUUGUGUGAGGGAGAAUAUGAUUACGAUGGCUACAACUACAUGGAGUACAACGCUGACCUCUUCCAGUCAAUCACAGAUCACUACCUGCAUGUUCUAAACUGUAAACAGAACUGUGGUGUAGAACUGGCCUCCACUGCUGGAAGAGAAAAGCCAUUUGAAGACUUCCUUCCAUCACAUUUUAACUACCUCCAGUUUUCCUACUACAACACUGAGCAAUAUGGAAAAGCCAUUGAAUGUACUAAAACGUACCUCCUGUUUCAUCCUGAGGACGAAGUAAUGAGACAAAACCUGGCAUAUUACUCUGCCAUGCUCGGAGAAGACAAGGCCGCUGACAUCCCAGCCAGAGAGGUUGUCCAGCAGUAUAUUAAGAAGUCCUUGCUGGAGAAAGAGCUCCUUUACUUUGGCUUUGAAACUUUUGGAGUCACGUUUGUUGAUCCCGACACAUGGACACCUGCAGAAAUUAUGCCUAAGAAACUCAGAGACAAGCAGAAGGCAGACAGAGAAACGGCUGCUCGGAUUACAGAGGAGAUUGGUAACCUCAUGAAAGAGAUUGAGACGCUAGUGGAGGAGAAGUCCAAGGAGUCAUCAGACCUUUCCAAGAUGAUUAAUGAAGGAUCUGUCAGUUCAUCAGCUCCUUCUGCAGCAGAUGGCUUGAUGUUUGACGAUAUCACGGUGAGCAUGACAGCCAAAGCUCUGAACGGCUCUGAGCGAGUGGUGCUGGAUGGGGUCAUCACGGACGACGAAUGCCGAGAACUACACCGACUGUCAAACGCAGCAGCACAGAAAGGUGACGGUUACAGAGGAAGGCCGAACCCUCACUCACCCAGCGAGAUGUUUCAGGGGGUCACCGUCCUCAAAGCUCUUAAGCUUGGUCAGGAGGGUGUACUUCCUCUGAAGAGUGCUCGUCUGUUUUUUUAUAUCAGUGAGAAGGUUCGAAAAGUGGUCGAGUCCUCUUUCAGCCUGCAGACUCCUCUUUACUUCUCCUACUCCCACCUCGUCUGUCGCUCAGCCAUCGAGGAGAAACAGGAGGAUCGUGAUGACUUAAGUCACCCUGUACACGCUGACAACUGUUUGCUGAUCUCAGAGAUGAAUGAGUGUGUGAAAGAGCCACCAGCAUACACACACCGAGACUACAGUGCUAUUCUGUAUCUCAAUGAUGACUUUGAAGGAGGAGAGUUCAUCUUCACAAAACUUGAUGCCAAAACAGUCACAGCAGCGGUGAAGCCUCAGUGUGGUCGGGUUGUGGCUUUCGGAGCUGGUAAAGAGAAUCCUCAUGGAGUCAGAGCCGUAACUAAAGGUCAGAGAUGUGCCGUGGCUCUCUGGUUUACUCUGGAUCCCAAACACAACGAGAAGGAGCGAAUUCAGGCUGAGGAGCUGCUUAAAAUGCUCUCCAGCCCCGUGGAUGCAGAUUUCCAGAAAACAGAAAAGGAAAGCAGUGCCGACACAACAUCAGAAUCAAACAGCACUGCACAGGACGAAGUAAAGAUCCCAGCAACAGAAGACAAAACCAAACCUGCAGACGAACAGCCAAGCAAACCUGCUGACCACAAGACACAAGAUUCCAACACUGAUGACAAAGCUGAACAUUCAAAAGACUCAACCACAGAAAAAACAGAGGCUAAGACAUCGACCAAAACGAAGACAAAACCAGCAGCAAAGACAAAAACAAAAACGAAAGAGGCGACUAAAGCGAAGACUCAAACAGGAGAGAAAAAGAAGAAACCAGCUGCCAAGAAAACAGUAAAAGUGUCGAAAGAAUCUGGGAGCAAACAGACCAAAAAAGCGAAAACCUCAGAUUUAAAACCAGACUCACAGAAAGAUAAGGAUGAAUUAUGAACCGUAGCUUUUUAAAAAUUGUGUUAUACAAAUGUAUGCAAAAGUUUGGGCACACCGGGCCAAAUUAAAUACUUCUUUAAUUUUCAAAGUAAACACAUCUU